AUGCCUACCUUCGACAAGAGCCACAUUCGAGAUGCGAACCCAUACUCUGGGCCCAUCGAUCCGCCACCAUACCAGCGUUCUCCCUCUCCGGAGAUGCCUGUCUCUAGCCCCAGAGGUAACAGUGCCUACCAGGAAGCGCUGAGUAACUUCUCGCAUUCUCGUUACUCUUCGACGGAUCGUGACUCGGUUCCCAAGUAUGAGCAUCUCGACUCGGUUCCGAGUCCGAACAUAACCAUCGAGUCAGGCAACAUGAGAUUCCUGAUUCCUCCGCGACAACAUCCUUUCACUCCCACGGAGACUACACCUACGAGUUCUAGAGUCCUGCACAAGGCAAGCUCCCGAGUCACAUUCGACCUUUCGCCCCGUGAUCUUGAGUCGCCACCGGAAUCGUGCCGCGACUACUUCUAUGGCGCAACGUACGAGGAAGACCCGUCUGGCCCUUCUGCCAAUGUCAACGGACCGCCCGGGAAGAGCUAG